AUGUCUUUCGAUCCUCACAAUGUUGACCUUGACACAGCCGAUGCGGCUCAAAUUGUCUGUUACCUUAAUGCCGAGGGAAACGAAUAUAACGGCCAAAUGGGUGCGCGCAUCUCGGCCAUCUUCGUGAUCCUAGUCGUCUCUUCAGCAGCAACCUUCUUCCCCGUGCUCGCACAACGGGCACCACGCCUGCGCAUCCCAAUUUACGUCUACCUCUUCGCAAAGUACUUCGGUGCCGGUGUCAUCAUUGCAACAGCCUUCAUCCAUCUCCUCGAUCCCGCAUACGGCGAAAUCGGUGCCGGCUCCUGCGUUGGAAUGACGGGCCAUUGGGCAGACUACUCAUGGUGUCCGGCAAUUGUAUUGACAUCACUCAUGGUCGUCUUCCUCAUGGACUUCGGUGCCGAGCGCUGGGUCGAGCUCAAGUACGGUAUCUGUCGCGACGACCCAGAGACCAUGAUGUCGAGUGGAGGUGAAGUGCGGCGUGUGGACUCGCGUGUUUCGGCACGCCACCCAGACGACAAGCAAGUCAAAGAGAUUGAGUCGCAGUCUAACGAGCUGGCAAUCGAGCGCUCGGUCAAGCAGCAGAUUGCCGCGCUGCUGAUUUUGGAGUUCGGCGUUAUCUUCCACUCUGUCAUCAUUGGUCUGAAUCUUGGUGUUGCGGGUGAUGAGUUUGCUACCCUUUACCCUGUUCUGGUCUUCCACCAGUCCUUUGAGGGACUUGGUAUUGGAGCCCGCAUGUCGAGUAUCCCAUUCAAGAAGGGCAGCUGGUUGCCUUGGUUCUUGUGUUCUGCUUAUGGCCUCACGACCCCCAUUUCCAUUGCUAUUGGUCUUGGUCUGCGCACGACAUAUAACCCUGGGUCAUUCACUGCCAAUGUUGUCUCCGGUGUGCUGGACUCUAUCUCCGCUGGAAUCUUGCUAUACACUGGUCUGGUUGAGUUGCUUGCUCGUGACUUCUUGUUUGACCCCCACCGCACCCAGGAUAACAGGCGGUUAACUUUCAUGGUGCUGACUAUGAUUCUUGGUGCUGGUAUCAUGGCUCUGCUUGGAAAGUGGGCUUGA